AUGUGCGGGAGUUGGACGUCGUGGUCGCGGAUGACGAGGACCGACAUAUGCCGGGCUGCGGCCGCAAGUGCGUUGAGGCGCUUUGGGUUCCAGGAGAGCCGCGUCCACGAGGCGGAGAGUGGCAACGAGGCGUUACAGAAGGUGCUCUCUCUGCAGGACGUCGCGGGGAACCGGACGCCCCUCAUCAUCUUCCUCAACAUGCGAAUGCUUGGUUCUGACGGUGCGGAGUCCGCUCGCAUCAUCGUCUCCCUGUUCCAGGGCCGGCGGCUCCUCCGCGAGCCCUUCCUGGUCUGCGCCUCGUCCAACCGAACGCAGCACGCAGACCACCACAGGCUGUUCCACGCCUCCGUGCCGAGGACCUUCGAGCUGGAGAGGUUGAGGCACAUGCUCGACCAGUGCCACACCUGGUGGUCUCAGGGCGGCGGCGAGCCCGGCAGGGUGUUGCUCGAGCCGUCCCUGAGGUCUGGCGGCGGUGCGGCCACGGCGCCCGUAUUCGGGACGUCCAAGCACUUCAAGCCCGAGCACUCGAACCUCCCGAGAAAGCUACCGAAGCGGCCUUCCUCCGCCAAGAGGUCUAUCGCCGAUUCGGCCACCACCUACACCUCCGAGGCGUGGAAAAGCCGGAGCCUGGAUUCACUGCCCGCAAUAGACUUCGGCGAGGAGGACCAACCCGAGAAGGCGCUGAGAACCACGUCCGAUGGCGUCCUGGCGAGGCCUGGCAACACCGUCGAGAGCCUCGGCUGCCUGCUGCCGCCUCGCCCUCCCUUCGAGGACGUGAAAAUGAUCUACCUCGUCGGCCGUGGGUCGUUCGGCAGAGUCUAUCGGGCACGCUGGGACGUGUCCACGGUCGCCCUCAAAGUCGUGGAGCACUACGAGAAGGAGCCCCACGCCCUGAUGGAGUUCGAGGGGUCGCUGUCCGCCACCCUGGCCCACCCCAAUCUCGUGCAGACCUUCAAGCACAGCAUCCGCGACGCACACGGCAGCUCCAGCUCCAGGGCGGACGCCCGGAGCGGCGCGCUGCGGGGCUCCGAGGUCUGGAUCGUGCAGGCCUUCGUGGCCACCAACGACUCCGAGAAGCAGGCCGCGCUCACGGCGCAGCGGUCUCGGCACGAGGUCAAGAUGAAGAUUGUGGCCGUUGUGUCGAAUGAAGAGGCGCUGAAGCCAGCAUAUGGAGCAGGACAAGGUCAAUCUCGCGGCGCCCAAGCAGCCUGGCGCACAUCUUUCGAGCAGAAAGACGGCGAGCUCAAGGCCUUCCACGAGGAGGUUGGGAACGCACAGGCGGAGGUGACUUCGCGCAUGGGGGCGAAGAAAAGGCGUCCCGAAACCAGCGGCGAGGCGGCCCCUGGCGGCGGCAACGCCGGCGCUGCUGCUGGCGCGGCCGCGGAGGGCGCCGCAGGCGAUGGCGGAGCCAGCCCCGAGGGUCUCGACGACGAGCUGCUCGAGCAAGAGGCGGCCAAGAUCUUCGAGGCGAGGUUCAGGGCCGCGGCUGCGGCGUCGUUCAGGGGCGACGGCAAGAGCGGCGCGGCGGCGGCAGCCAGCGGCAUCGGCGUCGGCGGCGCGCGCGACCAAGGCGGCGCCGUCAGCGCCGCCGGCCAAAGCCAGCGCUGGAGGCCUGCGGCGCCCAAGUCGUCUUUGCCAGGCAGCUCGGGGACUGACGGGGCCGCGGCGAAUCAGCCCCAGAGGGGCUCUUCGACCAGCGAGGCCACCGGCGCCAAGUCGCUCGGCAGCGCGACCUGCAUGGGCGACAAAGCUUGGGAGUUCAUCGCUCAUGGCGCUGCUGCGGACCACGAUUACAAUGCACAGUGCGAGACUCAAUCCCUCAAGUCGCUCAGCAAUCAGCUCUGCCAAAGUCGAAAGGGUUACCGCGAGGGCGACAAAGGUCGCGCAGGCGGCACUGCCUCCGACGACUCGCGCGAGGCCGGCGAGUGGGCGGCCGUCUCGACGCGCAUGCACCAGGGGCGUAAAGCCACGCGUGGCAUCCUGGGUUGCGCUUCCGUCAAGGUCCUCGGGCACAAGGUUUGCGCAGAGAUUAGCUCUGCGGCAUCCUACCUGCACAGCCGGGGCAUUAUCCACGGGGACCUGACGACGUCCAACGUGUUGUUGAUGGAGCGCAGGUGCCCGAAGCAGUACGUGACGAAGGUCACCGACUUCGGCCUGGCCCGUGUCCUCGACAACGGCGCCAGCAAGAUAGACACCGCCACGAUGGGCACGGUGACCUACAUGCCCCCCGAGCUGUUCCAGCUCGAGGGCAGCGCCCUGACCAAGAAGGUGGACGUGUACGCCUUCGGAGUCAUCACGUGGCAGCUGUGCACCAGCAGGACGAUCCCCUUCGAGGGCCUGCAGCCGACGCAGGUGGUCGUCACGGUCGCGGGGGGGGCCACCCUGGAGCUGCCUCAGGACGUGCCCGCACCGCUGGCGAAGGUGUACCAGCAGUGCGUCUCCCGGAAUCCAGAGGCACGGCCCUCGUUCGACACCGUGGUGCAGAAGUUGCUUGCAAUGUUCGCCGUGGACGAGGCGUCGUACGCCAACUAG